CAAAAGUCAACUUGAGAUACAACGGGGAUUUCACGCGACACAACUCCAACAUUUUGAAAGCAAUCCGUUCUACGGAUUCAAUAAAGAAUCUUGGAGACACUAAUCUUGGUUUGUGUACGUGUGGAUACAUGUAAAGAACACCAUAUUUAUAGUGCUAAACAAUCUUGGAUUUUGCUGCAAAAUAUUCAGGUUAGAGCCAACCAAAGCCAUUACAUCGAGAUGGAAAGCUUGAAAACUCCUAGUCAACUAAUCCAAAUCAAGAUUGAUUACCCGAGAAGGAAAAAGAGGUAUACCAACCUCGCUGAUGCCGAACCAAUUGUCCUCAAGUCUGUUCUGAGUAGUCUCCACGCGGGCUAUUUCAGAAUAAGCCUUUCUCUUUGUAGCCAAGCUUUGUUGUGGAAGAUAAUGGUCCAUUUGCAUAGCAAUCUCCCGUCUAUGGCGUUUUAUCUCCUGUGGUAUCUAGCACUUGCAACACAAGUGUCGCUCUGUUUCCUCUAUGCCUUCAAGUGUGUUUACUUCUCUGAGUUGGUAAAGGAGGAGUUUCUGCACUACAUAGGAGUGAACUAUCUUUACGCUCCAUCCAUCUCAAGCCUUCUCUUGCUUCAAUCAGCUCCUAUGAUGAAACCACACAGCGUUAUGUAUCAGACACUAUUUUGGGUGUUUGCUGUUCCAGUUUUGACCCUAGACUUAAAGCUCUAUGGCCAGUGGUUCACUACAGAGAAGAGGUUCUUGUCGGUGAUGGCAAACCCGGCAAGCCAAGUAUCAGUAAUCGCAAACCUAGUGGCUGCACGAGGAGCAGCGGAGAUGGGUUGGAAGGAGUGUGCUCUAGGCUUGUUCACACUCGGGAUGGUUCACUAUUUGGUUAUCUUUGUUACGCUCUAUCAACGCCUACCAGGUGGAAACAACUUCCCAACCACGCUAAGGCCGGUUUUCUUCUUGUUCUUUGCUGCACCAGCCACUGCAAGUCUAGCUUGGAACGCUAUUUGCGGAAGCUUUGAUACUAUAGCGAAGAUGUUGUUCUUCCUUUCUCUCUUCAUCUUCACCUCACUGGUUUGUAGGCCAACUCUUUUGAAGAAGUCGAUAAAAAGAUUCAAUGUGGCAUGGUGGGCUUACUCGUUCCCACUCACCUUUCUUGCUCUAGACUCGGUUCAGUAUGCGCAAGAGGUGAAUAACCAGGUCGCUUCUGCUUUGAUGUUCAUCUUCUCUUCCAUAUCAGUUUUGAUAUUUCUUGGUGUGAUGUUACUGACAGUAGCAAACAGCAAAAGACUACUCAGACGCGAUCCUGUCCUCUGGUCUGCUACUGCUCCAAAAGACAAAUAAAAAGCCAAUCUUUCAUUCAAUGCGAGUUUGUAAACCACAUCUAGUCUCUAUUAGCUACAUAUAUGGUAUAGAAAUAAGAACUAGCUAUGUUUUCUAUUUGGAAAUGUACCAGCUAUACAAUUUGCAUAGACAAAACUCAAUAAGGAACACUUCGGAUUGCUUCUGCA